AUGGACGUGGCGAUGUCGUCGCCGACUGACUCUGCGUCGGCAAGUGGGCGAGCUCUUCUGGGGCACGAGCACUCUCGCGAGCAAGCUUGCAAGUGCCAACCGGGAUACCGAUGCAAACAAGCUCCCGAAACCUCCAGCGGUCCACAGACGCUGACCCCCUUGACAGGGAUCCAUGGCAGCGGCCGCCAGCAGCGUCCACAGAAACCCAGCGGCAGCUCUUCUCGGGAGCUGAUCCCUGGCAGGUUGAAGUCACCCGCCCCUGGCAUCAACCUCAAACAAGCAGAUCCGCGCUGCGCAAUCAUCGCUCUCGUGCGCGAGCACACGACCUGA